CCGGCAGCACCCGCGGGCACACUUACAGAAGCUUUCUGUGCCCAUGGGGCCUUCUCAGCUUGUCCGUGCCCCUCGGCCCCAGGGCUUACGUUCCCCUUACCGCAGGCCAGGUAUGGGCUGGCCUCGGCCCAGGUUUCCCAAGAUGUUCAAGUGUAGCCGCAGAAGGUACCGGCAGAAACCCCAAGGCCCAACUGCCACCACUGCAGCCACCAAUCUUACCACCAUGGCCAGAGAUAUCAACAACACCCACAAUGUCACCACCAAUGUGUGGAUCCUUCCACUGCAAGUUCUCAGACGCCUCUGUCAACCUGGCAGCUUUCUGAUCCUCUAGAAAUGCCCAGAAACUAGUCCAGAAGCUUGGCUGGCUCCGGACCUGUAUCUUCUGGGGGCCGUGGGUGGUGAAUGGCAAGCCAAAUACAAUCAUUUCUGCCUACUCCACUCUGAGGUAUUUGCAGCUGACUGCAGAGUGUGAGGGCUGGGACAGGCUUCCGUAACAGCAGCAGGGAUCACAGACAAUGGAAGGACAGGACAAGGUCAGCCACACGCACCAACUCCCCAUCUUUGGCUUCAGCUUUUGAUAUACCCUAAGAGGCAAGCGCCUUCCUGCCUCGCACUCCCAUCUGCCCAGGGAACGGGGUCUCCAUAGACAACUUGGGACCUACAGGGAGCCAGGUCCUUGGGGAGGAAG